AUGCGGGUCCUGGGGGCGUGCGUUGCGCUUCUCUCGAUCUCAUCCAUCCUCGCCCAACCAGUCGCACAGGACCAACACGUGCUGCUCACAAAUGAAAAUCACGAUCAGGUGCUGAACUCGGCGACGGUGGUCUUCGUGGCAUUUUGCGCAGAGUGGUGCCCUUUUUCGAGAAGGUUGCGGCCGGUUUGGGAGGAAACGGCCAGGGUCUUCAAGCGCGAGCACCCCGACAAAAGCGCCGUUUUUGCGAUCGUCGACUCGGUGGCUCAUGCUGACGUCGCGGAUCGAUACUUUGUCAACAAGUACCCAACGAUGAAGUACUGGGUCAACGGCGAGCUCGUCACGAAGGAGUACAGAGGCACCCGCUCGGUGGAUGCUCUAACAACGCAUGUGCUGGAGCAGCUAUCCACGGCCAUGAACGAGUUCCCGUCACAGGAAUACAUUGACACGCAUCUGGAUCGCAGCAAGAGAAACGUGCUCGUCUACACCAAGGACCGCAAUUCGGCGGCCUUCUCGAAUUUGAAGAAAGCGGCCAUGAUCCUGCGCGAGGACUGCUCCUUCUGGGUGUCCGAUCCGGCGCUUGCUGCCCCAUCCGGUGCGGAUAUUCAGGGAAACAUGAUCUCGUUCGUCGACCCAGAUACGGGAGACCAUCAGCAAUAUACGAUGAGCAUGGAGAACUAUGACCUGAUGAAGCAGUGGCUGACGGAUAAGUGCAUCCCGUUGGUUCGAGAGGUCACCUUUGAAAAUGUGGAAGAAUUGACCGAAGAAGGACUGCCCUUCCUUAUCUUCUUCCGCGACGUCAACAACAAGGAGCACGACAAAAUGUUCACGGAUGCGGUGGUACGUGAGCUCUACGAUAUCAAGGGGGCCGUGAACCCUCUGUUCGCCGACGGCAAGAAGUUCGCCCACCCAUUGCGACAUCUUGGAAAGACGCAGAAGGAUCUACCUGUACUGGCGAUCGACUCCUUCCAGCACAUGUUCCUCUUCCCCGACAUGUCGCAAGUGUCCACCCCGGGCAAAUUACGACAGUUCGUCGAAGAUUUGAACUCUGGCAAGCUGCACAAGGAGUUCCACGAGAGCCUCGACCAGAAGAUGAUGGACUUGGCCAAGUUCAAGUCGGAGAACGGGAUCGAGGAGGAGCACGAGCAGGACGGAGAUGCGCGACCGGGCGGCCAAGGGCCCCCAGGCCACCGGCCAAAGACCGACCCGCCGCCGUCAGUGUUCAAGGAGCUGAAGCCGAGCGGAAAACGAUACUCACUGCUGAUGAAGCAGGAGCUG